AUGUUGACAAUGGAGAAAGAAUUUGAUUCAAAGCUUGUUCUUCAAGGGAAUUCAUCAAACGGUCAAACUAUUUCCAGAAGCAAAAGCUUCGCAUUUAAAGCUCCUCAAGAGAAUUUCACCAUCCAGGAUUUCGAGCUCGACAAGAUCUAUGGCGUUGGCUCUUAUUCCAAGGUUGUUAGGGCGAAGAGGAAGGAAAAUGGAACAGUGUAUGCUUUGAAGAUCAUGGACAAGAAAUUUAUCACCAAGGAGAAUAAAACAGCUUAUGUCAAAUUGGAAAGGAUUGUUCUUGAUCAACUCGAGCAUCCCGGGAUUGUGAAGCUCUUCUUUACAUUUCAAGAUACAUUCUCACUAUACAUGGCGCUUGAAUCUUGCGAAGGUGGGGAACUUUUCGACCAAAUUACCAGAAAAGGUCGCCUAUCAGAGGAUGAAGCUCGGUUCUACAGUGCAGAAGUUGUGGAUGCUCUUGAGUAUAUACAUAAUAUGGGACUGAUACAUCGAGAUAUUAAGCCGGAAAAUCUGUUGCUAACUUCAGAUGGACACAUUAAGAUUGCUGAUUUUGGUAGUGUAAAGCCAAUGCAAGACAGCUUAAUCACAGUGCUUCCUAAUGCAGCUUCCGAUGAUAAGGCGUGCACAUUUGUCGGGACAGCUGCAUAUGUUCCUCCUGAAGUUCUCAACUCCUCUCCAGCAACUUUCGGAAAUGAUCUCUGGGCACUUGGCUGCACUCUGUACCAAAUGCUUUCAGGAACUUCUCCAUUCAAGGAUGCAAGUGAAUGGCUGAUUUUCCAAAGAAUUAUAGCAAGAGAUAUAAAGUUCCCAAAUCAUUUCUCAGAAGCAGCAAGAGACCUCAUCGACCGAUUACUAGAUACAGAUCCUAGUAGAAGACCAGGAGCUGGAUCAGAAGGUUAUGAUUCUCUCAAGAGACAUCCUUUCUUCAAGGGCGUAGACUGGGAAAACCUACGGUCACAAACUCCUCCAAAACUAGCUCUAGAUCCUGCGUCUCAAUCAGCAUCGCCAGAGAGAGACGGUUUUCCAUGGAACCCAACACUUGUUGGAGAUACUUCAGUCAUGCAUAAUGAUGGACACGGUGGCCUCCCUUCAGCUUCUGAAUCAUCAGGUUCCAUAACCCGGCUUGCCUCCAUAGACUCUUUUGAUUCGAGAUGGCAACAGUUUCUUGAACCGGGAGAAUCGGUUCUAAUGAUAUCAGCAGUAAAGAAGCUACAGAAAAUCACCAGUAAGAAAGUGCAGCUAAUACUCACCAACAAACCGAGACUGAUCUACGUUGAUCCAUCAAAGCUAGUCGUGAAAGGGAAUAUAAUCUGGUCUGAUAACUCCAACGACCUCAACGUUCAAGUCUCAAGUCCUUCGCAUUUCAAGAUCUGCACACCGAAGAAGGUUUUAUCGUUUGAAGACGCGAAACAGCGAGCUUUGCAAUGGAAAAAGGCGAUCGAAGCUAUUCAAAACCGUUGA